AUGUCAUCGCAAAACCUCAAUGAUAAUCCAAAAAAUACAUCCUCAGCAGCUGAAGAUAAGAAGAAACAAACUUCAUCCUUAAAGUUGGCACCAAUACCAACCACAUCGCCAUGGAAAUCAUCUUCGCCAGAUAGCAAUACAGUAAUUCCUGUAGAGGAACUAAGAGAUAUAUCAAAGACUGCAAAGCCAAGUAAAAAUGGUUCGGGGUCAAUUAAAUUAACAAGCAAUACCAAAUGGACUCCAAUUACGCCGUCUGUUAUAAUCUCAGGUUCCAAGGACACAAAUUCAAAGUCAGGAAAGAACUCUAAAAAUUCUAAGACUAAUAAAAAAAUGAAAAAGCGUGGCAAAUAUAAUAACGAUAUCAAUAAAAAGGACUUUAACGGUCAAACCAACAGUACAUCGGAAAUAAGUAACGUUUCCAAUCUUGAAUCCAAACCUUUAGAUGCUAACGCUAAAGUAAACAUACAUUCAAGCUCAGGAGCAACUGCCAAUGGGAAUAUAAAGAGGAUAACAAACAACAACAAUUCAACCAACGGUAGACAAUCAAGAAAUUAUCAAAACAGGAAUGGCAAAACAAGAUACAACAACAAUAGUAGACACAGUCAGGCGGCUAAUAAUGCCAUCUCCUUCCCAAAUAAUUAUCAGGCUAGACCUGAAUAUAUUCCCAAUGCCAGCCACUGGUUGAACAACAAUUCAAGAAAUAGCUAUAAACAACUGUCAUACUUCCGUCAACAGCAGUAUUAUAAUAACAUCAACUAUCAACAACAAUUGCAAACACCAUAUUAUUACUCAAUGGAACCUAUUUUUAAAUCUAUCGAAAGUAUCAAAAACCAAAUUGAAUUCUAUUUUAGUGAAGAGAACUUGAAAACAGAUGAAUUUUUAAGAUCUAAAUUCAAAAAAGCCAAUGACGGAUUUAUCCCCAUGAGUUUGAUAGGGAAAUUUUACCGUAUGGUUAAUUUAUCUCUUGGUGGAGACCCAAAUUUAAUUUUGGCAUCUAUGAGAGAAGUUUUACAACAUAAAGAAACAAACCAUUUGGAAAUUGCCCUUGGAAGCAUAGAAGGUGCUCAGAAGAACAUGGCAGAUGAUUUCAAUCCAUUGGAAAACUAUUUUAUUAGGCGCGAAAAUUGGGCUGAAUACGCUAUGGAAAGUAAUUUUGAUGAAAAUGAUGACGAAACUGAAAAAUACAACAUUGAGAAACUAUUGGGACCGAACGAUUUAGACAAUUAUUCUUAUAUGGGCUAUCCAAACUUCUUUCCCAGUAAUGAAAAUGGGAAAAAGAGUCAGAGCUAUGACCAAGGUGAAAUUAGCAGGCAGUUUGAACAAAACUUACAAAUAAAUGAUUAA